AUGUCAGGCGGCGCGACUCCAACAUUGAGUGUCGACGCAAGCAACAAAUCAUUGACACCACCUACUGCAGCAGUCCAGAGGGAUCCCAGCGACAUAGAGGGCCGAAUUAGGGAUAAGAUUGAAAGGAAUCCAGUGGAUAUUUUGGCAUAUCUCGAAUUGGUGCAGUAUUACGAGUCUCGAGACGCUUUCGAGGACUCUAGGAAGAUAUAUACAGAACUACAUAAUAAAUUCCCAUUCUAUUCACCCCUAUGGACGCUGCAGUUGAAGGGCGAAUUACAACGAGAUGAGUUUAAGGUGGUUGAGAGGCUGCUGGCCGAAUGUCUCUCUGGCGAGAAAGCGAACAACGAUUUACAAUUGUGGUCAACGUAUCUGGAUUAUGUCCGUCGAACGAAUAAUUUGAUUACUGGUGGCCAGGAGGCCCGUGCGGUUGUGAUGAAGGCGUUUCAAUUAGUGAUGGAAAAAUGCGCAGUGUUUGAACCACGUUCUUCGUCCUUCUGGAGCGAGUAUCUGGGGUUUUUGGAGCAAUGGAAGCCUGUCAACAAGUGGGAAGACCAACAACGUAUCGACAUGAUAAGACGGCUUUACAAGAGGAUGUUGUGUGUGCCUUUCGAAAGCAUCGAGAAAAAUUGGAACAGAUACACACAAUGGGAACAGGAAGUCAAUUCAUUGACGGCUAGAAAAUUCAUUGGCGAGCUGUCGCCAGAUUAUAUGAAGGCUCGGUCUUUGUAUCAAGAAUGGUCUCAACUGACAAGAGGCUUGAGGCGGUCUCCUCCAUCGAGCCUGUCGACCGCUAAUAAGAAUACGAUUCCGUCGAUUGAUGAGGAGCUAGACCCAAAUCAGCUCAGAAUUUGGCUCAGAUGGAUCGAAUGGGAGAAAGAGAACAAAUUGGGGCUGGAAAACGAAAUGUUGCAGUCUAGAAUUUUAUAUGUGUACAAGCAAGGCAUACAGCAUAUGCUCUUUGCGGCUGAAAUGUGGUAUGAUUACGCUAUGUUCAUAUCCGAUGCCACAGAACGCUGCCAAAUUCUAAGCACUGCUGUACGUGCGAACCCAACUUCCCCAUCUCUCACUUUCAAGCUUGCCGAAUGCUACGAGCUGGAUAACAAAUACGAUUUGGUUCAGAAAUGUUUCGAGGAUUGUACACAAAGUUUACUGCGUGAAUAUCAUUUGAUGUUGGCUAGUGAGAAUGAAUUCAGGAUUUACAAGCAGAAGAAAAAGAUGACAUUCGUCAACUGUAUAUAUAUGAACACAAUGAAGCGACUAUCGGGGCUAUCAGCUGCUCGAUCAGUUUUUGGUAAAUGUCGUAAACUGAAGAACAAUCUAACCCACGACAUUUACAUUGAGAAUGCAUAUCUGGAAUUUCAGAACCAAAAUGACUAUAAGACUGCCUGCAAGGUGUUAGAACUCGGUCUAAAAUAUUUUCAGGAAGACGCCGCCUACAUUAACAAGUAUAUGGAUUUUUUGAUUGUAAUCAACAAGGACUCCCAAAUCAAAACUCUUUUCGAGACAUCUGUCGAGAAGUUAAAGGAUCUUGAAGGUUUGAGGUCGAUAUACAAGAAAAUGAUAAGCUACGAAUCCAAGUUCGGUACUUUAAACAAUGUCUAUUCUCUAGAAAAGAGAUUCUUCGAGAGAUUUCCUCAUGAAAACCUGAUCGAGGUUUUUGCCGAUCGCUAUAGGGUCCAAGAUGAGAACUUGAUUAAGCAGUUAGAGUUGACCUAUAUGAACGAUGAUAAGUACUCGGAAACAGACGAUAUGUUGAGCUCCUCAUUGAAGAGAAGUCGGGGAAGCCAAGCAAACGGUCAGUCUCAUAAGAAAAUGAAGAGAGGGCCCGCAGUGCCCAACGAGAUCAUUGACUUACUUGCCAUUAUCCCCAAACGCCAAUACUUCAAAGCUGCCUUAUUAGAUCCCCAAAAUCUUGUCACUUACUUGAACGAACAAGUUGAACUUCCACCACCAAGUCAUGUUUAG